GCAUCGGGCUCCUCUGCCACCUUGGCCAUGCCUACUCUCUGAGCCCAGGUAUAUCUUAUUAUGUUUUAUCUAUUAUUGCACAUAUUUGAAGUGAAUGGAGUUAAGAUGGUAACGGGUAACACUACAAUGCCAAUUUGUCUCAAGUUGAUUUUAAUAUAUCAAAUAACCAUAGAUUAAAUUUCUUUACCUAUAGAAAUAGUGGUAAAAUAAGUUCAUAAACACAUGAAAAUAUUGAAUUAAAAAAACGACAAGUUUCUAAGUGAAUAUUCACUUAAAACACAAUCUUCAUCUGUUAAAUUUUGGUUAAAAUCUAACAAAAUUUACUGAAUAUGGAUAAACCACAUUUUUAAUGUUGUUCCUGUCACAUUAUAAUUUCUCACAACUCUAUUAAAAAUCAAAAGCCCUGAUUUCAACCCACGUCCUCCCAAUAUAAAGAAAAAUGUAUGUUAAACUAAUGUAAGGAAGUUGGAAAAGGUGGUUAUAGAAUUCUAAAUAGGGAGUAACAGAUCUAGAUCUGCUUAUAUUGAUCAGGGGCAAAACUGAUCAGGGGAUAGGUUAGAAUAUCCUUUUAAAAUACACAAAAGAUAGGCUAAGUUUCAGGAAACAGUCAUUAUUCUUAGAAGAAACACUCCUGAGUUUGCAUUUCUACAUUAUAUUAGCUAUAUUUAUAUAUUUUCAUAUUCACGCAUAUAAAAAAAAACUGUACUUAACCAAAACCAAACCAAACCCACUGCCAUCGAGUCGAUUCCGACUCAUACACACCUAAUAUUGAAUUUGGUUUUCCUGAUACCGUUGAUUAGAUAGAGAUGUCCUUUGUUGUACGUAAGAAGAAAAGAUCGGAAUCCAAUUGGAAAAUGAUGAUGGGUCCGCCUAUACAAUGUAUGUGACAUGGAGGUGAGCACAACAGGUGCAGCGAAGUGAAUGGCAUGAAGCUGGUCUCAUAGGAAAUCAACAAUCCUGAACUCCACCUUCUAAAGUCUUGGUCUUCUAGGAUUUUUACUGCCUUGCAAUCAGAAUGACAAUAAAUGUGUUGGGCUAAUGAGGAGCUUUGGAUAUUGAGCCUCCAGGGAUAGAGAGACUCCAAACAGGCUGCCUGGAACAUCUCACUUUAGAGUUCUUCCCCUGUAAGGACACAUGACCCUCUUCUCAGAGAUGACCCUUUUUGCCCAGGAGUCUAGUGCUUCACUCAGACUCUCUGUCCUUCCUGAGGACAUAUCUUCUGUCUUCUGCAUCCAGAGCAGAUGUCAGGUAUCAUUCCUCAGCCAGCCAGGUAACCUAAAGUCCCCUAGUUAAUAUUUGGAAAGUUAGUGUUUGAAAAGGGCAUCCAGGAGAAUGAUGCAUGUGAAGAGAGUACAUGCAGGAAAUGACUGAAACCAAGUCUUCCAUGGGAAUCUUGCUUGUCUGUCUUUUACUUGCCAGGUUUUCUUAGAACUUUGCACCAAUAUCAAAGAGUUCUCAUUCUGCUAGUCUCUUGCUCUGUCUCUACAACUGCAAGGAUGAUUUUCCUGUUGAGCGGAACCCUAACCUUUGUCAAACAAGAUGACCGUUACAAAAUUUUCUGACAUUUACUUGCGAUCUUGUGGUGGUAAUGGCAGAGGAGGGUUUGUCAGCUCCAUCUUAUCUUCCUGGUUCUUAGUACAUGUUUGUAUUAUCUCCAUUGCCCUUUCUGAUCUUUGGGGAAGGAGAUGGAGACCCAGAUUGACUCAUCAGGCUGCCUUCUAAGUCUAUUUCUAUUUAUAAAAUUACUAAAUAUUUUAAAUGAUCAUAAAAGCACGGAUAGUGUAAUAAGAAAAUAACCAUUCCCACCCCUUUCCAGAAGAAAUUAAUGUUGACAUUCUGCUAGAUUAGCUUCAGGUCUUUUUUUUUUUAAUUUUUUUUGAAUAACCAAAUAAUAUGCAUACAGAAUUUACCACUUUUGUAUCCCCCUCCAUUCCUCUUCUUCCUUCCCCAAGAUAAUGUUUGCCUCUCGUGAUGCUGCUACUGCUGCUGUUGGUCCAGUGACCACACAUUUGAUUGUCUUGUCACCCAGUCAUCCCAUCAGAUUCAUCAACAAUAUGGAACCCAGGAACCAAACAAGUGUUUCAAAAUUUCUUCUCCUGGGACUGACAGAAGAUCCAGAACUGCAGCUUCUCCUCUUUAGCCUAUUCCUGGCCGUGUACAUGGUCACUGUCCUUGGAAAUCUGCUCAUUGUCCUUACUGUCAGCUCUGACUCCUACCUGCACACUCCCAUGUACUUCUUUGUCUCCAAUCUGUCCAUUACUGACAUCUGUUUAAGUACAACUACCAUCCCAAAGACGCUGGUGAAUAUCAAGAUGCAGAAUCAGAGCAUCACUUAUACAGGCUGCCUCAAUCAGAUUUUCUUUGUCCAGGUUUUUUGUGGUUUUGAAAAUUUUCUUCUUGCAGCUAUGGCCUAUGAUCGCCAUGUGGCCAUUUGUCACCCACUGAAGUACACAGUCGUCAUGAACCCCUGCUUCUGCAGCCUGCUAGUUCUACUUUCUUUGUUCAUCAGUAUGGUGGAUGCACUGCUCCACAGUCUGAUGGUUUUGCAGCUGUCCUUUUGCACAGAUCUUGAAAUCCCUCAGUUCUUCUGUGAACUUCCUCAGGUCCUCAAGCUCGCCUGCUCCAGUACCCUCAUCAAUAACAUCCUGAUAUAUUUUGUGGCUUGCAUAUUGGGUGGUGUUCCUCUCUCUGGGAUCAUAUUCUCUUACACUCGAAUUAUCUCCUCUGUUUUAAGAAUGCCAUCAGCUGAUGGAAAGCAUAAAGCUUUUUCCACCUGUGGGUCUCACCUCUCUGUUGUUUCUUUAUUUUAUGGGACAUCUGUUGGUGUGUACCUCAGUUCUGCAUUUGCACUCUCUCCCAAGAAGACUGCAGUAGCCUCAGUGAUGUACAUUGUGAUCCCUCAAAUGAUGAAUCCUUUUAUCUACAGCCUAAGGAACAGGGACAUAAAAGGAAGCUUGAGAAAACUCAUUGGUAGGAUGCCUUCUAUUUAGUGAUGUGUCAUCUGUGCCAAUUCACUAAUUAUACUAAGACCUAUCACUGAUAAACUCUCCCUGCUAGUCAGCAUCAGCAUCAACAGCACAUAGUUUCAUCAUCUACAAAAUGGUAAUUAUAUUUUCUCAGGGGUUUUAGAUGAUUGUAAAAUAUUUGAACAUCACCAGUGAAAAAGACUUUGGUGCUAAUAAUUAAAAGAAUCUCAGGCACUAAUAUGCUCAAAAAAUGAAAAGGGCUAUCUUUCAUUAGAAAGACUUCAGAGUUAGGGAAUCUACAGGAAUAGGACAGUAGGGCUUCAUUAGUCCUACAUGUGGUGGCUUCAUCCCAGGACUAAUUUCCCUCAUGGUCUCUGGAUUUUUGUAGCAGAUGCAGAUAUAAUACCACACACAAUACUCAGAGAGAGAAAACUUACUGUCCUUCCUAGGCCUAUUGUUAAUAGACUUUUUGAAGCAGUCAUCAGAAGACAUGCCUCCUGUAGUAGGUUAGGUGGUUGCCCCCAAAAUGGUAUUUCCACGUCCUCAUUCUUGGAUCCUGUGAAUAUUACUGACAUGAUAAGAGGGUUACUGUUACCUUAAUUGGACCAAGGGUCUUGGCAGAGAGGGAGAUUAAGCCUGGAUUAUCCUCAUGGGCCUAAUUGCAAUCACACAUAGUCUUAUAACAUAGUGCAGAAGACACAGAGAAAAGCAGGAGGCAAUGCGACCAUAGAAGUAGAGGUUGGAGUGAUAUGGUCACAGGCCAAGGAAUGCCUGGAGCCACCAAGCUCUUUCUGGAACUGGAAGAGGCAAUGAAUGGAUUCUCCACUAGACUCUUCUAAGUAGUAUACCUCUGCUGACACCUUUGUUUCUGCCUUCCAGCCUUCAGAGCCGUGAGAUAAUAAAUUUCUCUUUUUAAGCAAUCAACUUUGUGGUGAUUUUUUAUGGCAGCCAAAGGAAACUAAUAUACUCUCCCAUCACCAAUGAGAAUAGGAGCAUAUGCCCCUUCUUAAUCUAAUUCCCGAUACUGGGGAAAAUGGUCAUUAUACGAGACUUAAGCUGACCGUUUGGAGUGCAAUUCCAUUGGGAAGUCAACCCAAACCACUACAAGCACUUAAUACAGCGCCUCCCACAUAGUAAGUACUCAGUAAAACUGAACUAGUAUCAUUGUGUUCCAUUUCUUGCCAAUAUUCACAAGUUAUGCAAUCCUUUUGCUCUCACAUAUUUUUGCAUUUGCAUCAGUAAUUAUAUUUGCUUGCCUUUAUUUUAACAUCUAUCACAGGCUUUUUCUAGUCUUAAUUAUACAGUCAAAUGAAUAAUUCUUGGGUAGGCAUGAUAAAAGCUGGUAAUAUUUUUCUGGCA